AUGGCCAUCCAAAACGGCACCACCCCAAAGAACAUCCUCACCGUCAGCCUGGCCAAACACCUCACAGGCGAACCCGUCGCCGACGUGAUAGCACAAGACUGGAAAAAAGCUUCCGCCGCAACGACCCGCAACUUCACCAACGUGGGUUUCGACGUCGACUUCCACAACUUCGACCACACCCUCGAGGACCUGCGCACCAGCCUGCACGAGCGAGAGUGGGACGGCAUCUUGGUCGGCUGGUGUCUGAGGGGAAAACCAGCACACACAGAGAUGUUCGAGAGGGUUGUCGGGGUCUGUUUCGAGGAGCUGAAGGUGGAGAGGACGAAGGUGAUGUUUUGCACGGGGCCGGAUGAUUUGGUGCAUACGGUUCAGAGAAAUUUUCCAGAAGGGUUUGUUGCGUAG